UUGAACGGACUACGUUCAGUGUCACACUCAGUGCUACCGACGGUUAGGUUUUAAAACUGUUGUAAGCCUUUUAACUUUGGAAACCAUCUUUAUAACAAACACUUAGCUAAUUUCCAAGCUUCGUGCGUGACUACGUUUGUAUGAGGACGAGAUGCAAUAUCAAAAUCCCAGCGAAAAUGGUCCCCCUCUUCUUCUUCCCUCUCUGCGUCUCUUCAUUCCACCACUGCGGCUUGUCUCUGCAGCCAUGUGGCAAGUGGUUCAGCGAGGAGAUGUUCAAGAUUAUGGGAUGCUGGAGGAGUUUGUCACCACGGUGACCGACAUUGUGCCAGAGCUUUUGAGUUGCAGUCAGAGGGCCCAACUCAUUCUGGGGCUUCGAGCAAGGAUGGUUCUGGAGGUGUGUCGUACUGAGCAGACAGCAGACCAAGACAUUCAGCAACACCUGGACAGGAUCCGAAGCCUCAUAUCAACUGGGGAAGCAGAGUCAAGUGAUGCAGAGGUGGAAUUAUCUGAAUCAAAGUUUGUGGAGCUGGUUGAAUCUCUGCUGAAAGACCCAAGUGAAAGGGAGAACUUUUACCAGGACGUGUUCCCUGUGGAAUUUGGGCCCAAGUAUGACACUGCAAUACAGAUGCUGAUGUUAGAAUUCCUUUCCAGAUUUGAGAAGUUACUUCCCAUACCAGACCUUGAACAGACUGCCUCCUUGUUAAAUGCUGUCCCCUCUGCCCUGGAGAAAUGUUUACAAUUUGUACCUGACCCCAUACAAUUGAGGACCCUGCUCCAGUACCACAGAAAACAUGGACAUUUGGACUUCAUCGGGUUAUCUUUUCCUCUACCUGCCCUGCGCCUGUUCAUCCCACCGCUGCGGCUGUUUUCUGCAGCGAUGUGGCAAGUGGCCCAACGAGGGGAUAUAAUGGACUACGGGAAGCUGGAAGAGUUUGUGACAUUUGUUACAGAGAUGGUUCCAGAGCUGCUCAGUUUCAGACAGAGAACCCAGCUCAUGUUGGGCUUACGAGCAAAGUUGGUUUUGGAGUUGUGCCGCACGGAGCAGACAGCAGGACUUCAGAGCCAUCUGGACAGGAUCCACGCUGCAAGAUCACAUCCGGGGGAUACAGACUUUUGUUGCGCAGAAGCGGAAGCCUCUAAAUCAAAUUUCCUUGCACUGGUACAAACUCUUAUCCAAGACCCAGUUGAGAGAGAACAUUUCUUCCAGGAAGUGUUUCCUGUAGACUAUGGACCCAAGUAUGACUCUGCCCUGCAAGGAUUAAUGUGGGAGUUUCUCUCCAGGCUGGAGCAGCUCCUUCCAGUACCAGACCUCAAACAGACAGUGUCUUGGCUCAAUGCUGCACCCUCUGUCUUGGAAGAGUGUGUCAACUCUCUAUCUCAACCUCUACAGUUGAAGACUCUACUGCAACAUCAUAGAGAACUAGGACAUUUGGACACCAAUGCAACUUCUUCCUCCUCUGCUGGCGACUGCAUCUUCUCCUCUCUGUCUCUCACUCCGGUAGUGGUGACGGCCACUAGAAAGACAGAAACAGAGAUCCAAUCAGAGUUGAUGGAUGGCUGUAUGGACCCAGCCUUAUAUGGUGAAGCGAUGGAAACUGAGUCUGUAGUAGUGACGGAGUAUGCAGAAGUGGAGCUGGGGACCAGUACAUACACCAGUGAGGAAAGGGAGUUUAGUAUAGAGAAGACUGAGUCACAGAACCAAAGAGACAGUCAGGUUGAAUUGAAUGGGGAAGAGCGGGAGAUGGUAGCCAUGCAAAGCGAGGAAGACCGUCAAGAGGGAGAAGUGGAGGUUAUGUUUGAGGAAGUGGGGCAUCCUAACGGAGAUGCUGAGCUUGUUUCAGAGGAAACCAGUGACAUGAACACAGAGGAAGACGUUUUCUGUGCAGAGGUGGGGGAUGUGUGUGUGGAUCUGGAGUCAAUAAAUAGAGAGGUGGAAAUUAUUUAUGAGGAGGUGGAGCAUGUUGAACAUCAGGAGUUAGUUGGGCCUAUAUGUGCAGAGAAUACAAUUGACAGACCGUCCACCCACAAUGAGAACCUACAUGGAGAAAAGGGGGUCACAGAGGAGGGGAUUGAGCAGGAGAGAAAUGAAGCUGGUUAUGUCCCCCAAACUGACACGCAUCAAGGAAGUUCCCAAUGUACGCCACAAGAAGUAAUGAACCAGCCUGAACUGGUCACAUCCUGUCUGCACCAAAAACCCACAUUAGGGUUCCAGAGACUGGACGUCAGUGGUCUGCCUCUCCAAAUGUCCUCCCCCUCUCAACCAUUGAGAAGAAACACAAGGCUCCGGAUGAAGACAGUGGGAUCAAAAGGACCCAAUGGAGGGCAGCUCAAGGCAUUGAAGGAGGAGGCUAAUGGGACCUGGGGCGUCCCUUUAUACCUGCCUCCAGACCCAAGGGAAGACUCUGAAGACCUCGGCGCCACUUCUGACAGCUCCACAAUGAAUGGAAAUAAAGGUGGGACGGUGGAGGCUCCCUCUCUUGUCUUCGCCUGCUCUCAGUGCUCUUUUAACCAUGCCGACGAGGUGACCCUCCGGCAACACCUUAAAGAGCUUCACCCAGAGGAGUACAGAAGGAUACUUGCUGCUGGAGAAAAUGAAACAGAAACCCCUCCAGGGUCUUCCAGCAGCACCCCUCUGAAGCCAUGUCUCUCAGACAUUCCCCACACGCUGGGGAAGUCUGGCAGGCAUGCAUCACGCUCCAAAACAUGCUCUGUGUGUGGAAAGACCUUCUCUCGAGCGACAGAUAUGAGGAGACACCAGAGAUCCCACACUGGGGAGCGGCCUUACAGGUGCACCCAAUGUGAGAAGACUUUCCAGUACUCCUUCGACUUGAAAAGACACCAGCGAAAGGGCCUAGGGUCAAGGCCGUUCCAGUGCUGCGCGUGUGGAGAGGGCUUCGAUCGGGCGGAAGAUCUCAAGACACACUGCAGUGUGGCUCAUUUAGCAGAGUCGCCAGUCUCUGAUGAUGACGUUGGGAUCAAGUUAACCCUCCCAGCAGGCCUUGAGAGUGAGCAGUGUCCCAGCGAAGAGGGUCAACACAAAUGUCCAGAAUGUGACAUGUCUUUCAGUCAGAUAUCCCAAAUGAAGCGACACCAGCUGAUUCACUCCGGUGGUGACACUCUGCAGUGCAACCAGUGUUUGAAGAAAUGUCAAAACUCUGAUGCCCUCACAAAACACAUGCAAAUGCACAACGGCGCUCGACCAUUCCAGUGUUCAAUGUGCAAAAUUAACUUCACACAGCUAGUUUGUCUUAGGCAACACUACUUGAAUGCUCAUAAGGAAGAGGGUUCAUUUCUGUGUUCCCAUUGUCCUAAAAGUUUCUCAAGGCUAUCGAACUUGAUCAAACACCAGAGAACUCAUACAGGUGAGCGGCCUUACCAGUGCUCUCAUUGUCCAAAGAGAUUCACACAACUACAGAUCUUGACUAGACAUGAGAGAAUUCACACAGGAGAGAGACCAUUUCUUUGCCCUGACUGUGGAAAAAGCUUUCUGUCCUCUGGUGAAUUGUCAAAACACCUUCAGUGUCACUCAGAGGAGAGACCCUUCCCUUGUCUCGAGUGUGGAAAGACUUUCAAGGCCAAUCGUUUUUUAAAGAAACACUUACAGACUCAUACAGGGGAGCGUCCUUUCCCCUGCUCCCAGUGUGGGAAGAGAUUUUCCAAGUCGACUGAUCUGACCAGGCAUAAUCGCAUGCAUACAGGGGAGAGGCCACAUAUGUGCUCUCAGUGCGGUAAAAGUUUCUUAACUUACUCCGAAGUGGUGAAACAUCAGCGUUACCACACUGGAGAACGACCAUUCAAAUGUGCGCAGUGUGGGAAAAGUUUUACCCAGUCCUGCUAUCUUACAGUACAUCAGCGGAUACACACAGGAGAGAAGCCCUACUCCUGCAGCGUGUGUGGAAAUCGCUAUAACAGCACCACUCCACUGAAGAGACACAUGCUCAGCCACACGGGAGAGAAGCCAUACGUGUGUACUGAAUGUGGGAAGGCUUACAACAGAUUGCAUCUUCUGCGGACACACGAGCGAACUCAUGCAGCAGCUGAGGCUGUUUGUUGAGGAUAUUGGAGUGUCAUUUGCUAUUCAUAUGUUGUAGUGUCUUUUGGUGGAUCAUUUGUUGUUUUUUGGAAAUGUAAAGUAAAACAGGCCCUUUGUAUUAGAGGCCUGUAACAAGAGUUGAGCCUCGUACUGUAAAUUGUUAAUUCUGUCACUGCUUGGAAUUUGAUUGUAUUUUUGAGGAGAUGUGCUUUUUGCUGUCAGGAAUCAUACAUCAAAGGGCAUUUUAUUUAGAUUACUCACCUUGUUUUGACAUUAAAAAGAGAAGUAUUGCGCACUCUC